AAUUAUAUAUUUUCAUCAAAAAGUUCGUUCUUUGAUUAAUCGCGUAUUAAGUCGUCGUUAUACUCAUUUGCAUUUAUCUAAGAGCAAGUAGAAGUUCAACAUGGAAGACAACAUGUCAUUAGUCUUAUCUUUUAACAGGUACAUUAAUAAGCACUGCGGUAAUGGAUUUUACUCCAGAAACUCUACCACCUCCUCUGUACCGACCAUUUAAGGACGGUCCUUAUCAUAUCACAAUGGGUAACACUGUAUCACAUUUGCACAGCUUUUGACGAUCUAAGUAUAACUCUUCUUCUAUAGGUUUAAAGACAUUAAUACCCGAUGAAUGGAUUGAAAUCGAUUGCCAUUACAGACAACAUAUGUCACUAAAACGAGAUCUCUUCAACGAACGAAAAAAUGAUGUGCUAAUGUAUAAGAGUAUGACAGAAAAAGGGAGCAAAGAGGUACUGGAUAUGCUUAUUGACUACUUACCUCAACGAUUUCCAAACAUGUUUCGUAAAACAAAGACCGGAAUUGAUAAUCUUAUUACGGGUGAAUCAUUCAAUUUAACUGAAAAAUUGAGCAUUCAUCCAUUAGAAAUCGGUUCUCGUCUCGUUCAAGAAGAUCUUGUUCUUAUGCAAUAUGAACCGAUUGAUGAAAUGUACCAUGCUAAUGUAUGUUAA